UCUUGACAAGUCUCUAUCAUUUUUACGACUCUGUUAUUUAUUUUCCCUUGAGAUGAUACCCCGCAAUGAUUUCUUCGUAGUCGGACUUCCCAGUUUCAACGCCACUAUUUCCUACCUACUCUACAUAAAAUAAAAUAAAAUAAGAGUAGCCCAACCUUCCCAUUACAACAUUCGCCAUGGUGCCUCCUUUGGUGCAGCCGACUCCUCGAGGCAUUAGCCUCAAAUCGUCUGCACCUGUUGGUUUAUUAUCUACCUUUGCCGAAGAGCAAUGGACCAACGCAGCCAACUUAGCCAGACAACGUUACAGAACUACUAAAGACGACUAUUAUCUAGCCGUCGAGAUUGCAGCUAAAUCCCAAAGCGACAAUGUCGCAGAUCGCAACGCUGGCAAGGUCAUGGUUGAGACCAUGAUCAAGGAUAACGUAACUAUCCUAGAUCCAGACACGAUUGACAUGUAUGAGUUCGCCUGUUCUCGGGUUGACAUCAACUACUCGGAGACGAUCGGUGUACUGCGUGCAAAACUAGUAAAGGCUCUCUCUAAGGACCCGAAAGCUGGUAUUCGAUGCUUCGACGCUUGUGUAUGGAAUUCGGACUGGAAGAAUGCCCAACAGAUCGCGGCUUCAUUGAACAAGAACUUCGCUAGUGAUCGAAGAUUCCUGUUUCGAUAUAUCCUGGCCACGUUCCAGUACUCCCUUGCGGAGAACUGCCCGGAUAAUAGCAAGAAGAUUUUUGCAUCACUUGCAAAGGCCCAGGCGGACAAGGCACUUGAUUACCGUCCUACUAAGAAUGGCACGGAGAGUCGCGUCGACCGUACCGCCUUCAAGGAGUCCGAGGUGGGUUUGUGGCUAAGCAUUCGAAUUGCUUUGUGCAGCCCCGAGGAGAACUUCGACCUAUUCCGAAAACCUGGAUUUGGCCCUAUUGAUUUUCUCGAAAUCGGCCAGAUGCAGCCGUACUGGACGGUCGUCAAUUAUUUGAAUAAGCAGCAGGCAUCCGAAGAUAUGCUUCGCUUCGGGAAGUGUCUUCUUGAAGAGGCGAUCCGUAUCACCCAAUCGGAGGCUUCGAUUAUCGAGAAAGAUGAACAAGUCAUCAAACUACAGAAGCUAGCAGAUGCGGAAGCUCGCCAAACACCACCUGGGACAGAUUCCUCCGUAAAGAAGGAUCUAAAACUGGCAAUAGAGAAGGCUAGGCCACAGCGAACUACGAGGGAUCAUACCCUUAUUGGUGCUAGCUGUGAAUAUGCUCUACUCUCGGCUCUUUUCAUGGCCGCCAGGGCUCAGCCAGACAAAAAACGAGCGUUGAAACAGCUUCGUCACUUGAUCGAGAGAACAAGUAAGGCUUUAACUAGAGCUGGUUGCAUGAAGGCCAUCUUUCAGAGGACGCACGAAGUUCUAAAUCUGGCCAUACUUGUUGAAAGAGAUGAAUCAGCGGCGAUAGACCUUUCAGGCUACACUACACGAGUCAUCGGUAUGGCUAACCAUAUCGCCGAACGUUACAAGGACGCUGGAUCCCUCACCGAAGUCAUGGUAUUUGUCAAGGACUUUAACCAACCCGAGGUUGCUGCACUGUUGAGUUUAAUACGGACAAAAGGCAUUAAGAGCGCCGAUCCUUUCCAAAAGUUCGUGUUGAUAUCGUUAGCCCUGAGGACCCGAUAUGCUAUGGCGAUGGCGGACAAGAAUGCAAAAUGCAGAGUUUGUGACGUGUCAUUGGAAGACUUGGAGUGUACCUUCUGCCUUCAGUCGAUCGCCGUUGGUGCUCUUGAAGCAUACAAAUCUGGUAUAGAAGAUAAAGAUCUUCGAGAAAACGGGAUACCGGGUCAGGAUGUAAAUCCUCUGUCCGACCUUGCGAUAAUCGGAUCUAUCUCCCUUUUAAGACUGUCUGGACUCGGUCGAUCAUCGUCACCAGCGUGUACCAACUCGUUGUACCGUGCGAACAUACAGCUAUUUCUACAGGCUGUUCUGUGGCUAGACACUUGUUUAAAGAUGUCACCACCAAGUCACCACUCUCAUGAGGUGAUUCUCACCAAGUUGUACCUUCUCAUGGGUUGUGUCUCUCGAGCGAAGACAAUAUGGAGCCAAUUCGAUGUUAAGAAUGCCCUACUCGAUUCGCUGGGUCUACUAUUUCUCGAUCGACUGUCUUCAGUCGCCCCAGGUCUUUUCACUACAGGAUCAAACCGCAACAGCCCUGUUGAACCUUUCAUGGUCCAUUUUACACGAGGGCUUAUGACUACCACCCCUAAGAGAAUUAUGGAUUCUUUAGAUAUGGGAAAUUACUCAAGUGUCCAGGACAUAAUUUAUCAUGCUGGCAGACAAGCGGCCAGUCUUAGCAUGGUCUUAGCUGUAGUGGAAGAGCGACGAGGUCAGAGGUUGAAAUUCGGUAAGAUUGAUGCGCCUAUCGAAGAUCAGCCUCUUGUUCGAAACAUCACUAUCCGACAUGCGCUAUAUGAUACGACGGAUUAUGAAUUCUUCACGGUCCCGAACGGUGAGAAUGCUAAAUCCUUUCCCGGCGAUGAAUCAUCCCUUCAAUCUAUUGUUAAUUAUGGAGCUCUUCCUACGACCAUUCGUGGCCAUCUGGGACUCCUAGCCGAACGCUUCCUUGACCUGGUCUGUUAUGUGCAACCAAAAGAGUAUAAGCCGUCGAAGGCUGGACAUAUUUUGCAGCUUGAUUGGGAGUACGCCUUGUCUACUUCUUCCAAUUUAGAGCGAGACAUGUACACCAUACUAAGAGGCCGACAAGAGACAAUAAAAGUUUCUCUCACAUCGGCGGAGUACUGGUACUACACAGCAAUGUGGAAACUGGCGACUGUGGUCAAGGGUGUGCUUAAGCACAAUAUAAUGUCGGCCUCAGACGGUCCGAACCGAGAACAGACCCGCAUCCUCAUACAACUUGCGUUAGAGGCGCUCGAAGAACAGACCAAGGAUUUCCUUGUGGUACCUGAAAACCUUCAUUCGAAGGUGUAUGCCUUCCACGGCUUUGCGUCUUUGCAUGCUAUGGGCAUGUUGCGUGAGACAAUUUUAGCCGUCAAGCAUACCGCCAAUUAUCUUACGCUCGCCUCCGACAAGGCUAAGAAUAGUGAUAAGACUCGUUCGUCGGUUGACUUAGCGUGGCUUGCACCCGAACUUAAGAAGAUGAUUGCGGCCGCAGCCGAGUCAGAGAAUACAAUCAAAGCUCGCGUUAAACUUCUUAGGGCUUACCUUGACAAGGUCGAUGGUUGGCGAGAUCGCCUGUGCGAUUGGGUGUUCGGCGAUUAUUACGUUACACCAUACGAUCAAAAUGCGGACUUCAAAAAGGAGGUAACCAAGAACCUCAAAGCUGCCAUCCCUAAGGCGAACGCCGAGUUAUGGGCUGACAGUAUUGGCGAGUCCUGGCGAGAACUUAUGAAGGGUUGGGUUACCGUCAAGUUUGAGUAACCUUUCCUGGUUCUAUGCAGUUCCGUUCUAAAUGGUAUUCAAAAUGUACAUAUUUUACGGCGAUUGUACAAACUCUCGAAAAGUUCCGUGGUGGCCGGCGGGGGUAUCUACAAAAAUGGGCCGAAUUGAAGAUGGGUGGAUAGGUCAAUGAGCUUGGGGAUCUCAUGUUGGCUAAUGAAUCGGUGGAGCUAUUGUACUGCUACUUCGCACAUGU